AUGAACACAAAGUCAAGUAAAGCUCGAAUGAAGCGAGCUAAUCAAAUAAAAGCUGCUAAAGCUGCUAAAUCUAUGCCAACAGCUAUUUUAUUGAAGAAAAAAGAAGAAACUGAUGCAAAAGCAUUGUCGAUUGUUGAAAAACUUAUAGAACCUCAAGUAGACGUUCAGUGGAUGCUGGAUAAUUUGCAGCAUAUCAAUCGAUCGCAUAUGGAAGAUGUUGCUGAAGAAAGAGCGAUAAUUAAAAUAUGCGGAUAUGUUUUGUGUGACAAUCCUUUAACGAAGGUGGUCAAUAAGAAGUACUCGAUAUCAGCAAUGAGAAACAAAAUUUAUAACAUUGAGGAGAUGAAAAAUUAUUGCUGCUUUACUUGCCACAGCGCGAUGACUUAUAUUUUGCUGCAGAUGUUGACAAGUCCGCUGUGGCUGAGGAAUUAUGAAGAAAUUCCUAUGUUUAAAAUUAAGGAGAAGAAUACUCUUAAGAGGGAUGAAACUACUCCGGGGAUUGAGAUAAACAUUGCCGGCAUUCAGUUCACUAGUGAUGAUUUGCCUAAGAAAAAAUUUAAAGGUAGUAAAACAGAUUGUCAGACUGAUGAAGAGUCGGAAGACAAUGAAAUCAAUUAUGAUAAUGAAGAUGGAGAAUUAGACAGAGAAAAUGGUAAUGAAGAAGAGGUAGACAGGGAAGAUGAUGAGGGAGAUGAAGAAAAAUUGAACAAUGAAGAUAAAAAACUACGUAAAAAUCUGAAUGUUAAAGAUAGAAAAAUAAAAGACAAUAUCGAUAGCUUAACAGAUAAAUUAAAAAAAGUUGUUAAAUUCAGAGAUAAAGUCAAAGUAAGAAGUGAUAAUUUAACAAAUAAUUCUGUUCAAUCUUCUAGUAAAAUUACAAGAGAAAGAAAUAUUAAUGAUAGUGAUUCAAAUACUGGCGUAAAGAGAGAAAGACAAAAAACACAGAGACCUUUUAGUGAACCAUUAACAGAGAGGCUCGAAAAAAAUUUCAGAGAACUAAUAACUGCUCAUACGAUUAAAUUUCUUCUUGGAGAGAAGACAGAGAAGCAGAGUAUCGUUAAAAAUAUUAAAAACCAAGAGAGAUAUGCGCGAUUGUGUGAAAGGCUUGAUAAAUUAGACAUUGAUCUGGAUGAGCCAGAAACUAGUGCUCCAAUAGAUCUGAGACCUGCUCCACAUUUCGAGGUCCUGCAAGAGCAAGCUAAUGACCUAGUAAUUAAAGUGAAUGCUUUUUUCAAAGGCAAUAUAGAAAUAGAAACUCCUGUCAAUGAUACUGUGGUAGAAACUCCUGUCAGUGAUACUGUGAUACCGCUGACUGAUGAUCAGGCACCAAAUGCGAUGAGAAGAAGACUUCUCCUUGAAAAGCUCGAUAAAGUGAUACCAGAUCUUCUGCCAACACUUUCAUAUCCUGGGGGUAUCGAGUAUGACUAUACAGUGGAACGUAUUACCGCUAUCAAAUUGAUAGUCAGUACAUUUAAUCUCACUGCAAAAAAUAUUGUGUUCAAGACAAACGAAUGGGUGGUCGUAGGUCUUCUCAUGAUUAAAAUGCUUGCAUUCCAUGAUGAGUUGAUUAACUCUUUGCUGGCAACAAAACAUGCAGCUUCACAGAUCACAAUGCUUUUACUGUCUUAUGAUCUAGAAUCUGAUUAUUUAGAUAGCUUAAUAAAAUUAUUAAUCAUUGAGUCAGAUAAAAAAUAA